UCGAGUAGAGACGCACACAGCGGAGUCCGGUUCAUCUCUGCCCGCAGCUAACCACCCCGCAGCAAGGCCACUGCGGGAAGAUGGCGACGGAAAAACAGAAACAUGAAGGAAGAGUUAAAAUUGGACACUACAUUCUCGGAGACACGCUCGGAGUGGGGACGUUUGGAAAGGUUAAAGUGGGCCAACAUGAGCUGACCAAGCACCAAGUGGCAGUGAAGAUCCUGAAUAGGCAGAAGAUCCGCAGUUUGGACGUGGUGGGAAAGAUCCGACGGGAGAUCCAGAACCUCAAGCUUUUCAGGCAUCCUCACAUAAUUAAACUGUAUCAGGUUAUUAGCACCCCUACAGAUAUCUUCAUGGUGAUGGAGUAUGUCUCAGGAGGAGAGCUAUUCGACUACAUCUGCAAAAAUGGAAAGUUGGAAGAAAAGGAGAGUCGUCGGCUGUUCCAGCAGAUUAUUUCUGCAGUAGACUACUGCCACAGACACAUGGUGGUGCACCGAGACCUCAAGCCUGAAAAUGUGCUGCUUGACGCGCACAUGAAUGCCAAGAUUGCAGACUUCGGUUUAUCAAACAUGAUGUCAGAUGGAGAAUUCCUGCGAACAAGCUGUGGUUCUCCAAACUAUGCUGCUCCUGAGGUCAUCUCAGGAAGGUUAUAUGCUGGUCCAGAGGUAGAUAUCUGGAGCAGCGGGGUCAUUCUCUAUGCCUUGUUAUGUGGGACGCUUCCCUUUGAUGAUGACCAUGUGCCAACGCUCUUUAAAAAGAUCUGCGACGGGAUCUUUUUCACCCCGCAGUAUCUGAACCCGUCUGUAAUAAGCCUCCUCAAACACAUGCUGCAGGUGGACCCCAUGAAAAGAGCCACCAUCAAAGAGAUCCGUGAGGACGAGUGGUUCAAAGAGGGCCUCCCCAAGUACCUGUUCCCCGAGGACCCCUCCUACAGCAACAACAUGAUUGACGACGAGGCCCUGAAGGAGGUAUGUGAAAAGUUCGAGUGCACAGAGGAGGAGGUCCUGGCCUGCAUAUACAGUCGCAACCAUCAGGACCCACUGGCCGUCGCCUACCACCUCAUCAUUGACAAUCGUCGCAUCAUGAGCGAAGCAAAGGAUUUCUACCUGGCGUCUAGCCCUCCCGACUCUUUUCUAGACGACCAGCACUUGACCUCGUCCGGCGCCGUGGCCGGCAUUAUCAAGCCCCACCCAGAGCGCGUACCCUUCCUGUUGGCGGAGACUCCUCCUAGGCCUCGACACACACUGGACGAGUUGAACCCGCAGAAGUCCAAGCACCAGGGAGUUAGAAGGGCCAAGUGGCACCUGGGUAUCCGAAGUCAGAGUAGACCAAAUGAUAUCAUGUCAGAAGUGUGCCGGGCCAUGAAACAGCUGGAUUACGAGUGGAAGGUUGUGAAUCCAUAUUAUCUACGCGUGAGAAGGAAGAAUCCGAUAACUGGGAUGCAAACCAAGAUGAGCCUUCAACUCUACCAGGUGGACAGUAGAACCUACCUCCUCGACUUCCGUAGCAUAGACGAUGAUAUGGUGGAGACAAAAUCUGGAACUGCUACCCCUCUCCGAUCUGGGUCUGUGGGCAACUACCGCACAACUAUUAAGAACGAUGUAGACGGGGCAGACGCUCCCGCUACGUCUAGCACUGUGCACCCCGCCAAGGCCGCAGAAGGCUCCUUAGCGUCAUCGUUGACCUCAUCCAUCGACUCAACGGGAGGAGGGGACACCAUGACCGUCCCUCGACCGGGAAGCCACACCAUCGAGUUCUUUGAGAUGUGCGCAAAUCUUAUUAAACUACUUGCACGAUAGCUUGCAAAACAAUCGCUAGCCUUUUUUUCCUCUCCGAGUGUCUUUAUAGCAAUAAGCAUGCAACCGAUUCAUGGCUCAAUUCAUCCCGGCUGAGGAUGAAGUGAUUGUUCCAUGGCACUGAUGCAGGUUAGUGUUCCCGAAGCAGAAGGGAUGUAUCAGGAGCUGGCAGGGAAUCUAAGGGAUUAUAUGGAAAGACGAGUUACUUAAUGGCAAGGACAGAGCAACAUUUAGGAGGGGGUUUUCCAAAUUUCCUGAUCAAUUUAAUAGCAAGUAUCCACAUCCCACCUUUACAUAUAUGCGCAAGUGAUUACACUGAAUUGUCUGUACUGUAGCCAGUGAGCACUGCUUUCCAGUACAGAGAACAAGAUCAAGUUUUGGCCUGCAGAGAGGGACGCCACGUGUUGAGGGUGUUUGGGUGGCAGUCGUAUAGGAUGCAGGAAGCACUUUUGCACAAGUUUCUUUUAUUUCCUGCUGCUCUUGUUUGUCUCUUAGUGGGGAUCAGAGAAGUGGUGCAGAUGUAUCGGGGCGCUGCACCGGCCAUAACAAGGGUCGUCACGGCCGUCACGUUCAUUGGACUCUGAAGAAGUGCAAUGACCCCUGUAUUUCUGUCUGUGUCAGGGACAAACGAAUGCUUCAUCAGAUUUAUGUUAGGGUUUGGUUUUUUUUUUUUUUGUGAAUCGGAGUCGUCACAGACUAAAUUUUCACGGUUUUGUCCUUGUUGUAAAAACUUGUUUGAAUUUGUCUGUCCCCUACAUUUUUAUAUAUAAAGACGUGAAUAUAUUUAUCAGUGGACGGAGUGUUGGUUCUAUUGGAAAUGGAAUUAUUAUUGUUUUCUUUAUUGCAUCAAGAUCUAUUGCUGGAUGGUAUAUAUUUUCCUUUUUUUACAGUCUGGUUUUUAAAUCAGUAUCACAGCUUUGUUUCCUUCAAUCACAAUUAUUCUGAUACUUGAUUGUCUUUCCAGAUAAAUAUAGCCUGCUUUUACCAUUUAAGAGGUAUUUUUGCCAUGAUGGUCAAAAUCUAAAAAAAUAUAUCAUUUUCAGUGUCACAUAUUAAAAUGACAAGUUGAUUUUGACUUUUUUUUUGUUGUAUUUUCUCUAUUUCUUUCUUUUUUUUUUUUUUUUUUUUUAGAUUAACGGUUAGGAUUUGAGUAUGAUAACUGAGUGAAAUGCCUUUUGCCUACAUCCAAUAUGUAAAUGCCAAUCCAUCACAAGUGUACAGGCUUCAGGGCUUAAUUUGAAAAUUAGACGUAGCAAUUACAUGCAGUGCAUGGACAAUGACUAUUGGGAACACAUCCAAAAUAUUGUCAUUUUAAAUUGUUUUUUUUAAUUGUUAUUUUUUUUUGCUUUUAUUACCCACACAUUCCCUUAAUGGUUAACUUUAUAAAAAGUUUUAACCUGAAACAAACUUGUGAGCUUAGGAAUCGUAAAGUCCUGUUGGGUAGAUUGCAAUUUUGUUGAAGCGAAAAAAUAAUUUAGAUCAUAAAAACUGCAGUGAUUUAUAUUUGAUUAAAAAAAAAAAAGAUCAGACAAUACUGCAUACUUGCAAGCUCACAAAGUCUUUGACAUGUCUUUCAUCACAAGUAUGAUGCGUCACCUUCCAUUUCCUGUCCACAGUCUUAAAAUUUAAGUGGUGUCUGUUGUUUGGCUGCCUUAUCAUUAUCAGUACUGUUAAUUGUUUUUUAUGUUGGUAAACAUUGGAAUUCAGCGCUGGUCAGAAUUAUUGGCACCUUUGUAAUUUAAGAGUUGAAGUCCACAAUUUAUUUUGUCUGUUGUUCAUUCACUAUAACUGUUAGUUAAAAAAUGUUUGCAGUACAAAGGCAAAAAAAAAUUCUUAACUGCGAAUCAUAAAAUCAUCAUCUGACUGUUGCCAAACUAUUGUGGACCUCGGUAACUGCUACCACCUUUUAAUUAUGGCAAUAGGAAAAAAAUGCAAACUUGAACAGUUAACUGGUUUCUCAUUCAUCGUCGUCAUUUUUGUCUUCAGUCAGUUAAACCAGGUUUUAAAGAACUUUGCAUGUCCUCAUGGUGAUAUCAGGUGUUAAGAGAGAAAGAGGUGUCAGCAAAGUCUCUGUUUCCAGUGUUUUGCUCUCCACAGCUUUAAAAAUCAAAAAUAUCUCAUUUGUAUAAACAAUUUUACAUUUCAGAGAUGUAACAAAAAAAAAAUUGCCAAGAGUGACAAUAAUUGUGAUCAUCUUGUUUCUUUCACUGUCCUGCGGGACAGGUUUGGACUGAAACGUUUAGUUAAUAUUUGACCUUUUAUGUCUCCGUUUUAAACUAGAGUUUAUGAAAUAUAGUGAUCAUGGUAAAGAAACACGCACUAUGGUCUUGGAAAAGAUAUUGUGGAACUAAACAUUUUUAGUUUUAUAGGGCAGUUGCAAGUUUUGAUUACAAAACUUUUCAUAAGUUUUGUAGGAAGGAUGAAUGUGUGAAACCGUGACCUUUUUUUGACAGUUUAUGGAGUAGUGUCCAAGUAGACUGUUAGCAGAUGCAUUCUGUCAGUCGACCUGUUCGGACUGCUUCAAAGAAAUAUUGUUCUAUUUUUGUUUGGUGUGUAAAGGGACCCUACCAGAUUGACCAGUGUAAAUCUGAAUGGACAGUGUUGAAAUCAUUUGUAUACACAACUGCCUAAUAAACUGCUAAAUUGCACACAA